AUGGCGUCGUCGAAUCUCAGCCCAGCGUAUGCUUACACAGUUCUUUACGUAAAAGACGUUGCUCAGUCCGUAGCUUUCUAUGCCAAAGCCUUCGGUUAUUCCGUUCGUCGCUUAGACGAAUCCCAUAGAUGGGGAGAAUUGGAAAGCGGAACCACAACGAUUGCUUUCACUCCAAUCCACCAGCACGAGACCGAUGAUCUCACAGCCGCUGUCCACGCGACUAAAUCUAAACAAGAACGACCACCGGUUGAAGUUUGUUUCGUUUACCAUGAUGUCGAUGCUGCUUACAAGAGGGCGGUGGAGAAUGGGGCGGUGUCGGUGAGCGUGCCGGAGGUGAAGGAGUGGGGACAGAAGGUUGGGUACGUGAGAGAUAUUGAUGGUAUCGUGAUCAGAAUGGGAAGUCACGUGAAGCCAGCAAAAUUAGAUUAA